GCCUUUUACUCCUAUUCAUGCGGUUUUCAGGGCUUUGAAAACCUUUUGUACCAUAAAUUUUUGAGAACAAUAAUGUAAUAACAAUGUUGCAAGUAUAAAGAGUGAACAUAUUCUCUUUACACAUUUUAGUCAUUUUCCAAAAGGUAUAAAAAAUAUAUUUUAUUAUUAUCUUCGGGAGCACAAAUGGUAUUUUUGACGCAUUCUGAUGGCUGUGCGAUUCGUCUGUUGAAGACACACGUUAAAAAAAACAGUUUUUAAAUAAAAAAUACAUUUGAAAAAUAUAAAUACUCAAAAAUGAAUUGGUUAAUUGAUUGUGGCAAACUGCAAAAAUGCUUCUUUCUUUAUCGUACGUCAUGUCAGCAUUUUUUGCAUCAUGACCCCCCCCGCAACCAUACACAUGGAAAAUUCAGAAAUAUUGCAUGUCUGAACUGCAUUUUAACGUAUUGAGUAAAUGAAUGAGCAUCAUGUCGUUGAUCCAUCCAUUCUGUUCUUUCUUUACACAGAGUGCUAGUUUGUUGAGAACAUCUGGCAAAUGUCCGACCAAUCAGCUUUCUCCAUCUCACACACUUUUGAUCUAUCUAGAUCUAUUGACAGUGUUAAACCAUGGGGAAAUAAACUUCACCAGUCUGAGGACCCAAACAGCUUUCAGGGUCUGAUGAGAAUUUCACACUUCUUCUGGACAAUUUAAGUCUGUUCCAGAAUGCUAUCUCUGCUGUGCGCUUUCUUACUCUGGGCAGCAUGGCCCCAGGUUCCUGCUGUCAAAACCAAAGACGCUGCUGAAGACGCUUCUCAGACUCAUCGAGUUAGCAGCGGCCUAAUGCAGUGUGGGGAAUACAGCAAUGAAGUGAUGCCAAACGGACAGUGUCGCUUAAUAGCCACAUUACCUCAGCUGGAGGAGCAGAGGUGCCCGGACAUGUUCCGCUGUACAGACGAGGUCUCUUACUGGCUGCGUGAGAACGAAGAGCGCAAGCAGCAAAUGCAGGACCUGAAAGAGACCAUCUCAGAGCUUCAAGAGGAGCUGAGGAAUCACAGGCAUCGCAUCAAAGUGCUUGAGCUGCAGCGCGAGGAGAAGUACGGAGUAAACUCGUCUUUGGAGCAUCGCUUCCACAUGCUGCAGGACAUCUAUGAGGAGGCCAAUGCACUGCUGCACAUCCACGGAUCGCUCAUAUAUGACAUGCAAACACAGAUUCGCAACCUCACUAUGAUCGUAGAGCGAGUGAGGCGCAAUCCUGGCUGUAUGAUCAAUAUCAUCCGCACAAGCCCGCUCCUCGGCUCUCAAGAUACCCUUCACCCAGAGGUUCAGCAUGUAAGGAACUGUCCAAUUGACUGUGCGUCGCUGUACUACAACGGAGUCCACAGAUCUGGGAUUUUUACUGUUGUGCCUUCAAUGGGAUCGACUCCUGUAGAGGUUUAUUGUGAUAUGGAGACUCAAGGAGGAGGAUGGACCAUGUUUCAGCGUCGACAGGACGGAAAAGUUAAUUUCAAUCGUAAAUGGACGGAGUACAGGGACGGCUUCGGAGAACUGCACGCGGAAUUCUGGCUCGGAAACGAUCACAUUCACGAUAUCUCCAGCCAGGGAGAGUAUUCCCUUCGCAUUGAUCUCGAGGACUGGAAUGGCAAGCACAAACACGCAUUGUACCAGAACUUCUGGAUUGAGAACGAGGAGAACCUCUACCGUCUCCAUGUAUCGGGAUUCAGCGGUACAGCUGAAGACUCGUUUGGCUGGUACCACGACAAGCAAAGCUUCAGCACUCCAGACACAGGUGACAUCUGUGCUGAGAUAUCUCACGGAGGCUGGUGGUACCAUCAGUGCUUCUUUGCCAACCUCAAUGGAGUGUAUUAUAAGGGGGGGCGGUACUCUGCCAAAGGAAAGAAUCUCCUGGGGCCUGAUGGGAUUGUGUGGUACUCCUGGAAGGACUCGGAUUACUAUUCCUUGAAGAAGGUGAGCAUGAUGAUCCGCCCACGGACUUACAGGCCCCGCCUCUCUCCAUAACACCGCCUGUGUAAAACAAUACUGCAGUGACAUCAUCGGGUCAUUGUUGAUUCUCCGUGGAAACUGUGGUUAAAGGGAAAGUAGUCACAUGCGUCUCAUAAUCUUGGUCUUUGGCAUACUGAAUAAGUAAGUAAAAAACGUAAGCAAAUGAUAAAAUAACACGCACUGUUAAAUUAUCUUAGAAAUGAUGUACAAAAACAAAAAAAGCUAUUUGAUUUGGAUAAACAUUAUUAAUUAGAAAUAAUUCAGAACCUAAUAUAAUUUUAAUACAUACUUGUUAAUUGGUGUUUCUGUUACAUUGACUAGAAAUAUUCUUUUUUUUUUUUUUUUAGAUUGUGCUUCCAAAAACGUCAUGUGACCGGUUUUAUUAUUGGGAUAAUCACUCAAAAAAAAAAAAAAUAUUCCAAAUUCCAAUUUUUCCAAAUUUGAGAUUCUUUUUUCUGUUAAAUGUUGAAAAAAGAGAAAAGCCAGCUUUAUGGUUACUAACAUUCUUCUUUUGAACAGAAGAAUCUCAUAGAGGUUUGUAACAAGUGGAAUCUGUUUAAUGGCACAUGUUUCAUUUUUGUGUGAACUGUCCCUUUAAAAUGAUCCCUUUUUUUAGUUUUUCUUUUUUUUUUUAAAUGAAAAAUCAAUUCUUAACAAUUAAAAAAAAUCUAAAUAAUGAUUAAAAUCAAUCUUGACUAUUAAAAAUAUAUAUAUUUUUCAUAAAACAAUUGUUUAUUAACUGUAAGGGUUUUCUUGAUAAGAAUUUAUAUUUUCUUUUUUAUAUAUUAUAUUUUCUUUUCUUCAUUGCAGCCAGCCUCUGUAUUAAAUAAGAACGUUUGACAAAGUUCUAUUAAUAGAUAUCCUGCCACUGAUGUUUGUUUAAGCCUGAGUAAUCCAGUGUAAUUCAGAAGUAAAUGGAAAAUGUACAGCCUUGUAAUGCCUAAAUGUAUGUUUCACAAUAUUGUUUACAUUUUGUAAAUACUUUGAGAAUAUAUAAAAAAGGUCGUUUUUGAGAAAUGCUGUUAUAUUAUCUAUAGCUGUCUGUUUGACUUUCCUUGUUCUACCUCUCUUCUUUAAGCUUCAGACUACUUUACAAUGAGAUAAACAUAUCUACAACAUCCAUGAAGACUCUUUCUGCCUAUCACGCAUUCACAGGAAGGGUGGAACAGACCAGCAAAUGAAUGAGGCACUGAAAUAAAAGAGGUUUUGAGGGGCAUUCGAUGAUUAUUUGCAUUAUAUAGUCUUAGACGAGAUAUCAAAUAGUAGACUCCUUAUAGUCAAAAACAGAAAACAAGCCGCCCCGGGAAGGAAACAGAAUAGGGGGAGAAAGUGUUUCCGUGAUUAAGAGGUCAUCGAGCGCAUUUCCUCAUCUUCCUUUCUAAAGCCAGAGAUUCGUUUCCUUUUUUUUAAAGAGAGAAA